AUUUUUAAAAGCCACGCGAAAAAAGAAAAAAGUCAUUUCUUUCAUCUUAAAGAGACAGCGAGGAAGCCACGAAGAUAAUAGAGUGAUUUUCAAUCUCCAUUUUAAGGGUGUGGAACAAUGGGUGCUGGAGGCAGAAUGUCGGUUCCAACGAGUCCAAAAAAACCCGAAUUCAACUCACUGAAGCGAGUUCCAUACUCAAAGCCACCCUUCACUCUGAGUGAAAUCAAGAAAGCCAUCCCACCACACUGUUUCCAGCGCUCCGUUUUACGCUCAUUCUCAUAUCUCCUUUACGACUUUAUAUUGGCCUCUCUUUUCUACCAUGUGGCCACCAAUUACUUCCCUAACCUUCCUCAGCUUCUCUCCAACGUGGCUUGGCCUCUUUAUUGGGCCAUGCAAGGUUGCAUUUUGACCGGCGUUUGGGUCAUAGCCCAUGAAUGUGGCCACCAUGCUUUCAGUGAUUAUCAAUGGCUUGACGACACCGUGGGCCUUAUCCUCCACUCUUCUCUCUUAGUUCCAUAUUUCUCUUGGAAAUAUAGCCACCGUCGUCACCAUUCUAACACCGGUUCCCUCGAAAGGGAUGAAGUGUUCGUUCCCAAGAAAAAAUCUGGUUUAAGAUGGUGGGCCAAACACUUCAACAAUCCACCGGGUCGGUUUCUGUCAAUCACCAUUCAACUUACCCUUGGUUGGCCGCUUUACUUAGCUUUCAACGUUGCCGGCCGGCCUUACGACAGGUUCGCUUGCCACUAUGACCCUUACGGCCCCAUAUUUUCCGACCGGGAACGACUCCAAAUCUAUAUCUCUGACGCCGGCGUCCUCGCUGUUGCCUAUGCGCUCUACCGUCUCGUGUUGGCCAAAGGGGUAGGUUGGGUUAUUAGCGUUUAUGGGGUGCCAUUAUUGGUGGUUAACGCCUUCUUAGUAAUGAUCACGUAUUUGCAACACACUCACCCAUCUUUGCCGCACUAUGAUUCCUCGGAGUGGGACUGGAUGAGAGGAGCUUUAUCAACUGUGGACAGAGAUUAUGGGAUUUUAAACAAGGUUUUCCAUAACAUAACCGACACUCAUGUGGCUCAUCAUUUGUUUUCGACAAUGCCUCACUAUCAUGCAAUGGUGGCCACCAAGGCGAUAAAGCCAAUAUUGGGGGAAUACUAUCAGUUCGAUGGGAUGCCUGUCUAUAAGGCGAUAUGGAGGGAGGCGAAGGAGUGUCUCUACGUUGAACCAGAUGAGGGUGACAAGGAUAAAGGUGUGUUUUGGUUUAGAAACAAGCUUUAAAUAUUUGCAUUUUACCUUAGGCAUGUUCUAGUCGUUGAUGUUUUAAGGAUAUUUUAGCCGACAUACUUGGUUUUCCUUUUUGGGACUUUUUAGCUUUGUAUUUGCAGACAAUAAUCUUGUUCACUAUUAAAUAAUGGUAGAAAUAAAUACACAGCAUGGAUUGGCAAUAAUUAA